CAUAGUUUGGUCUUUUCAAGAGAAGAGCAGAGAAGGGGGGAGUUAUGGAGGAAUCGCGAGAUAUACUGAUGUCAACGCUGAUUGAAUCUGGGGUUUUCAUUCCCGGAGAUUUCUCUUCCGUCGGCGAAUUUUCCUCGGAGGCGUUGGUAUCGAUCUGUGCUCAGUUGCUUAAUCUCAUUGACCCAUCCUCGUCGUCGCUUUGCGAUGAGCUCCCUGAUUCUCUCCCCGAUAGGUUUAGGAUCUGCACCGAUAUCGCUCAUUCUGUUAAGAGUCUAGGCUACAUCAACGACAUGAGUUAUUACAAGUUUCUGCAUCCAUCUGAAGAUGACUCGUAUAGGUUGGUUAGGUUUCUAGUUGAGAGGCUUUCCGAGAAAAAUCAAGGACUGCAAACUUCCCUAGCUGCUGAUUUAGCUAUCAGACCCACGAUGGAGAAUUUCAGAGAUACUUCAGAAGAGAUGAUGGUGAAGGAGGACAAGGAUGAGUCUUUCGAUAUGCAUAUACAGAAGGUUGAAGCUGUCCUAAAAGAUCUUACAAUGAAUACUGAAAUCUCCCGUUCACCAGACUCUCGCGCAAACAAUACCUCAACCAAUGGUUCCCUCAUUGUUGACUCUUUUCCACGAAACACAGAUGACCCUGUUACUGAUUUACCAUCAGAUCGUUCUUUAAGAGAGUCAUCUGGAUAUGACGAGAAUUCUUAUGAAGACCCAUCUGAGACAAGUUAUGAGACUGUUGAGUUACAGAAUCAACAUAAUUUACUCAUGGAGGAACUGGAAUCUGGAUCUUCAGAGUUAUUUAGACUUGGCAGCGAGCUGGAGUUAUUAAAGAUGGUUGCGGAGAGGUUAUUGGAAGACAAACAGCCGGGUGGAUCAUAUCUCGAUGAGCUCAAUCAACAACUAGUGGUCAAAAGAUGUAAUCUCAUGGAUAUUAGAAAGCAAUGGGACGAUGUAAGGAAGACUUUGGAAACUAAAAAGCUACGUCUUUUGGACAAACUUCAUGUAGAGGAGCCAGAGGCUAAAGAGAAAUUCCAUAAGUUGAGAAAGGCUGAACUGGACUUACAAUCUGUAUCAUCAGAAAGUCAAAAGAGGGAAGAUGAACUGUGUAACCUAUACAAUGAACUUGAGAGGCAGCCAAAAGCAGUGCCUCGGAAAUCUCAUAUCCAUGGGAUUAAAGAAAUAACUAAAAAUAGCCGUAAACUUGACACUGAUAUUCAGAGAAUUUCAGAGGAGACCAGGGGGCUACAAUUAGAGAGUAACUCUAUCCGAGAACGACUGCACCGAUCAUAUGUUGUUGUGGAUGAAAUGGUUACAAGCAAAGUGAGAAAAGAUCCAUCGGUACGACAGGUCUACAAGCUACUGACCAGUAUUCACAGUAUUUUUGAGCAAAUUUCUGAGAAAAUUCUCAUGACUGAUCGGUUUAGAAGAGAAACAGCCGAUUAUGAAAAGAAGUUGGGGUCCAUCACUGCUCGAGGCAUGAGUUUGGAGAAACUACAAGCCGAUCUGGAUGCCAUCAGGAAAGAAAACGAAAGCCUUAAGAAAUAACUAGUUCAUGUCUCAUGUGGCAGAUGAAGUUGGAUGAAAUUUUACAUUUUUUGUAGAGUUUAAGGUAUCCGUUUAUGUGCUUUCAAAUAUUGAGGAAGUGUUUGUUUAUAGGAAUGUGUAAUCUUUUUCUCAGAUAUAUGAAAACUUUUCUGUUCUGAUCUC